AUGCACGCAAUAUUUAAUUACCCUAAACCUGCCCUGAAGAUACAGUCUCUCUCUCUGUGGCGUGGUUCUCUGAGGGAGAUCAGUGGAAGGUUUGGUUCUGCUAUCCUCUGCUACUUCCUGUUUCUAAGAUGGCUGCUCCUCUUCAACCUCCUCUCCUCCCUCCUCAACCUCUCCUUCAUCACGUUGCCAUGGGCGCUGCUUGGCAACGACACCCAGGGCGCCGGGGCAACUGCCGGGUUCAGGGGACUAGAGCUCCUCACUGGAGCGGGGUUGUUCAACGUGUCCAUGCUGUACUAUGGUGUCUACAGCAGUAGAAGUGUGCAGAGUGGAGGCCAGUCUGGUUAUAACAUCCAGCUAGCUUACCUCUUUACCAUCACCUCCUACAUGCUGCUCUGUGGAGCCUCAGUCUUAUACAGCAUGGCAGGGUGUUUCCAGACGGGUGUUGUGGUGUCAGGUGGAGCAGCUCAGAGGCAUGGCUCUCUCUGGAAGAGGAGAUGACUACUGGAGACUGUUGUUUAGCUGGGACUUCUCUCUGCUACACCAUGCAGAUAUACACACACACAGGACCAACCUGCUAGGACAG